UCUCCCCCAGAGUCAGUACUAUAAGCUCCUGCUUAGCGCCUCACUAGCAAAACGCACCUACAGAACCUCACUAGCAAAACCCACCUUCAGAAAACUCCCUCAUUUCUCUUCAACCCCUUUUCUUUUCUUUUCUUUUCUUUUUCUUUUUUUUUCUUUUUUUUGUGAUUCUCUCUCCCCUUCCUUCCUCAGAGUUCAUAAAUAAGAUAGAGAAUUGAUGUCAGUUAUAAUCCAUUAGUCACUGCUUAUGGUCUAGACAAUACCCAUCUUGUUUUUAUCAUCUUGCCAUUUUUCCUAUCCCCUCUCUAUUUCUAGUGAGAAAGAUAAGGGCAUUUUAGUUAUUGUUCUAAGGUGGGACUGUUGGUUGUUUACAAUAGAGAGAAGUGUCUCCUUACCCACCAGCAGUCUGCAUUGUUGCAUUGUUAUCUGAAUUUGGUGCAUUUCUUUCUUUUUGGUAUAAUUCUUGUCCUUGAGGAAAUGAAGUGUGCAUCCAAAGUCAAGAAAGUCCAAGACACCCCUUGUUGUUCUUUUCUUCUGUGUGAAAAAGGGUCAUGGGAUGCAUGUGUCUGAGUGAUGUCAGACCCAAAACAUCAGCUCUAACUUUCAUAUUCUACUUGUUUUGUAUUCUUAAUUCUUCUCUUUUUUAAUUCUUUUUUCUUUCCUUCUUUCCCCUUUCUCUCUCUUCCUCUCUUUCUCUAACAAGGGUUUGCUAGAGAAAUAAAGAAAUGGGAUUGAUCUUAAAGAGUCCCAAGAAUCAAAGACCCAAAGCAGCUGCUAAUUUAAUCAUUUGGGCGUAUGAUUCUCUUGUGUGUUUCCUUCUUUCGUUUUUGCUGUCAUUAGAAGAAAAGAACGUGUGAAUUUAGCUUACUCUCCAACCCAAAAAAGAAAAAAAGAGUUUCAAUGUCUUGUUUCUUUAACUUCUCUUGGGCCUCUCUACAAGCAAAAUGAAGAAAUGGUUACUCAGCGUGGUGCCUGAAGAAUCUCAAAGGCUAAUUCUCUAGUGUGUUUCUUUCUUUCCUUCAAGAGAGAGCGAGAGAGAGAGUGGUGGGUUUUCUAAGUAAAAAGUCUCAAGAAUAUCAACCAAACCCAAAUAGUAGUUGCUAACUUAUCCAGCUGGGUCUAAUUCUCUUCUUUCUUACCUUGUCUGUUUUGUCUUCGAAGAAAAAGAGAGAGAGAGAGAGAGAGAGAGAAUGGAUAUUUCUGGUCAUCAAGGAGACAUCCCACUCCCAAUAAGCAGCAGCUAUGGUGGGUGUCAUGGUCAUGGACACAUCAUCCAUGAACCCCCUCCUCACAACCACAUCAUCCCAUCUACAGCUCCCCUUCUACCAUCGAAUGGCCCCACCCCUCCUAUUUUGGAGGACCACAUGCCCUACAAGAAGAUGGCGGUCAAGUACAGGGAAUGCCUCAAGAACCAUGCAGCUUCCAUGGGUGGGAAUGCAACAGAUGGGUGUGGUGAGUUCAUGCCCAGUGGAGAGGAAGGAUCCCUUGAAGCCCUCAAAUGCUCAGCUUGCGGUUGCCACAGGAACUUCCACAGGAAAGAUAUAGAAGGUGGUGAGUCCUCAUGUGAUUGCUACAAAGGCAGGAAGAUGGUGGGCCACAAGGGUGUCUUCAUUGCAGGGUCAGAGGCCUUUGCGUACCCUACACCAGGCACUCUGAUUAGGCCACCUCCUCAUAUGAUACUGUCCUACAACAUGGGUCUGCCCUCAGAGUCAGAUGAGCAGGAAGGUGGUAGUGCUGGUGGUGGUGGUGGGACCCUUGCAAGGCCCCCUUUGUUGAAGAAGAGAUUUAGGACCAAGUUCACUCAAGAACAGAAGGACAAGAUGUUGGGUUUUGCAGAAAAGGUGGGGUGGAAAAUCCAAAAGCAAGAAGAAGAUGUGGUCCAGCAGUUCUGUCAGGAGAUCGGAGUGAAGAGGAGAGUUCUCAAGGUAUGGAUGCACAACAACAAGCACAGCCUGGCAAAGAAGACCUCCACAACUUGAAAUGAUUUCUCCUUUGUUAGAUUUGUAUUUUUCUUCUUUUGUCAGAAGAUCAUAGCAAAGUUCAUGCAGAGGGCCAGGUGGGUUUAUCAGAUUUUAGUGUUUUUAUUUUAAUCUUGUUCUUUCUCUGCUUUUUUUUAAAAUGGCAAGGUAAUGUAGCUUAGGGAAGGGUUUGGUAGAUUUGAGUUGUGGGUCUUUGUGUUUAUCCAUUGUAGAAUUUUUAUUUAAAUGUUUAAGAUGGUAUAGCAUUUGGGUUCUUAGUCUUCU